AGCAGUUCUGCAGCGACGUGAAGGCCAUGCUGGGCUUUGGGCCAGGACUCUACUGGCAAGUCUGCUGGAGGGUAGUCAGUCCGGCCACCUUAGCGGUGCGUAACGGAUCCUUCCCCCAUCACCGUUUCUUAUGUCACUGACUGAGGUUGAAAUGGACACAAGGGGGGCACUCGCUGCCCCCACCCCCAAAGCUUUUGAGCGAACAUCCCAAAAAAUGGGGGGGGGAUACUGCCGAAGAAGAUGGGGAUGAGUGGGGGAAUGGGAGGAAAGAAAGGCGUGGUUAUGGAUAAGCCGGCUUGUGCCAUAAAUUAGGAACAAAAACGUGACCCUAAUGCAGGGGUCUCCAACCUUGGUCCCUUUAAGACUUGUGAACUUCAACUCCCAGUCCCUCAGCCAGCUGGCUGAGGGACUCUGGGAGUUGAAGUUCACAAGUCUUAAAGGGACCAAGGUUGGAGACCCCUGCCCUAAAGGAGUAUUCUAUUAAGGUCUUCUGAGCUUUUAUUGGCCUGCCAGGCUCCAGAGAGCUCAGAUUCCUAUCUUGCCCCUCCCAAACAAUCUUUUUUCAACAACACCGGAGUUCAGAGGACCCCUAUUUGUGGGUCAUAGCCCUCUCGGGGAAGCCGACUGGGGCAUUUCCAGGGGAAAGAAGUACAGAUGCUCGAAUCCAGUUCAUAAAUGGGGACAUUAAAUUUGCUGUGCUUGUCAGAACGUAUCCUUAGCUCUCUCCAGGGCAACAGUCCUUCAGUUAUUGUCUGGUACAAGUGUCCCCUUGGGGCGGAAGGGAAGAAUUUUAUGGCGGGCGGGGGAGGGGGGGCUUGUAAAGCAGAGAAGAUGGGGAGGGGGCAGUGGGGCAGCUGGGCAUUCUGCCAGGCCUGACUUCAUCCUUUUCCUUGGUUCCUGCCCAGUUCAUUCUCAUCAGCUCCCUCCUGGACCAGCCCCCCCUCGUGCUAUUUGACUACGAGUAUCCUGGGUGGAGCAUCAGUCUGGGACACCUGAUUGGGGUCUCCUCCUUCCUCUGCAUUCCCACCUACAUGGUCUACAAGCUGGUCUGGACUCCUGGAUCUCUGAAGCAGGUCAGGGAAAUGGGAGCCUUACAACUUCAUCAAGCAAGGGGUGGGUGGGGGUGUUUUCCCAGUCAAUUCUCUUAACACUCGCCCCCACCUCUCUCUCUCUCCUUGCCCCCCUCCAGCGCCUCGCCCUGUGUCUUCGGCCAGAGAAGAUUGCCCGGGAGCUGACCCUGGAGAUGGUGGACGUGCCAGGCCCCCUUUAAUUCUUGGAGAGCUACCCCCCCCCCCAACACAGGCUGUUCUUUGCUGAGCACCCCAAAGAACAACCUGGUUCUAGGGAACCUCCAAGCAUAGCUAGAUGGGCUGAGCCCUCCCAAGUCAACUCUCCAGCACCCCCUUUUCCUGGAAUUGCUGGCUCCCCCACCCCUUCUCCACGUCUCCUCUGCACAGCGGGGCUUUUGAGCCUGGGCUGCAGAGGCUCCGAAAGGCCUCAGCCUGUUGUGGGGAGGAGGACCACUUCGCUCGCUGCUUUGAAGGCGUUUCUGGCGGGGCUGCCUCUUCCCCAGAAGGGCUCCGAGACCAGCCAGCGACUCCUGCUUCUCUCCCGGCGCCCCAAAACGAGCGGCGAGGAAACCGCGUCUUGGCUGGGUUGCGUCACCCCGCUCGCUUUUUUCUCCAUCACUCCCCGCCGCCGUUUCCCCCACUGAAGCCCGGGACGAGCCCCAAUGAAAAUGCCAUCCGCCAAAUAAUGCAUCAAGCUAAGGACUCACAAAGUCCCCACCCACCCCAGGCUGCGGCCACGAGGCUCAGCUGCACGGCGUCGGCCGGCCGGCCGGCCGCUUGUCGGCGAGGGUGGGGGGAAAUCGCGUGACAGCCCCGCCCCUUCCGUGUGAGGGAGGGCGCUCUGCACAUGUUCAGAGGCCCUUGGACCCGGGGUUGCGAGCGCCUCUGUCUGCGCUGUCGCGAGGAUGCCGCGGAGCCGCCGGGAAGCCGCCCUGCUGGCACUGCUACUGCCGCUCGCGAUCGCGCUGGGCGAGGCCGGGGAAGCGGCGGCGAGCGGGCAGCAACAUCCUUACGCCGUCCUCCGGAGACAGAACCUGGCUCUGCUGGGAAGCGUCUUCGGCCUCCUGGUGCUCGCCGCCGUCCUGCUAGCCGUCUGCGUCUAUCGGCCGCUUCGCCGCAGGUAGCCGGGAGUGCGACCGCCGGGGCCCGAAGCUCCCGCCGCCCGACCCCACCCCACCCCACCCCGGCUCUCUUUCAACCUGACCUGCAGCUGCCGCGCUCCCCCCGUGGGCUGGACGAGACCGGUGCCCCCCCCCGGCGAUUUUGCCGGCUGAACCUCCUUAACUGAACUAAGGACUACCCCGCAUGCAGGUCUUGGCCCUGCGCAGCCAGCUGCUCUUGGUCUGAUGCGCAACGGAUCGCCGACCGUCGCCGCGCGAUCCUGAUGGCCGCCUGAAGCCGGGAGUGGCCACGUUCUCGGCCAGAGCCCAUCGGACAGGGGAGCAUUUUAUGGGCAGCCACAGAAAGUCACCCUCUCUUCAGCUAUCCAAUUGCCAAGCGCCCCCCCCCUCCUUCGCGGGAGUCUAAUGGAGAUCUCUCACUCCAGAAGGGAGUCGGCAGGCCGAAGAUGCACAGGGAAAGCAGCCCCCAAAGGCCUCCCUUUAAUUUGCCCACGUGACUGCUGGCAUUUCUUAUGUAAUUCUAUGCUUUUCGUUUUUUAAGCCCUAAUGGGAUUUUCCUGAUGUGUUAUCAGCUACUUUGGGGUAGGUAAUAAAACAGCUGUCAGUGUGAUUUUUCUUUUCUUGGGGCGAUUCCUGUGGGAACCGGGUCUUAUUAUCUCAGCCGGCAGGACCACCAAAACAAGGUUGGAGGGCAUAAUUUUUGCUCUUGGGAACAGAUUACGCCAUCCUAAAAUUGCAGCUUGACC